GCGGCGCGGUGCUGCGGGCUGAAGGAGGCGGGAGAAGACGAGGAGUGGACGGUGUGUUGGACAGACUACUCAGUGUCCCUGGAGCGCCUCAUGGAGAUGAAGAGGUUCCAGAAAAUCAACCAUUUCCCAGGCAUGAUUGAGAUCUGCCGUAAGGACUUGCUGGCUCGCAACCUCAACCGCAUGCUCAGGCUCUUCCCCAAGGAGUACAACAUAUUUCCCCGGACGUGGUGCCUGCCUGCUGACUAUGGAGAGUUCCAGGCCUACCGACGUGCGAGGAGAGUGAGGACCUUCAUCUGCAAGCCAGAGAGUGGCUGCCAGGGGAGAGGCAUCUUCAUCACACGCAACCCAGAGGAGAUCAAACACGGCGAGCACAUGAUCUGCCAGCAGUACAUCUCCAAGCCUUUCCUUAUUGACGGCUUUAAGUUUGACAUGCGCAUCUACGUGCUCGUCACAUCUUGUGACCCACUGAGGAUUUUUGUCUAUGAGGAGGGUUUGGCCCGCUUUGCCACCAUGAGGUACAUCGAUCCCAGCAGCAAAAACCUGGGUGAUAUUUGCAUGCAUUUGACUAAUUAUGCUAUCAACAAACACAAUGAAAACUUCAUCCAGGAUGACACGACGGGCAGUAAGAGGAAACUGUCCACCCUGAAUGCCUGGAUGGCCGAUCACAGCUACGACACAACAAAACUCUGGGCAGAUAUUGAAGAUAUUAUUAUAAAGACUCUUAUUUCCAUUCACCCUGUGGUAAAGCACAAUUACCAAAGCUGCUUCCCCAACCACAGUGCUGGCUGUGCCUGCUUUGAGAUUCUGGGCUUUGAUAUUCUGCUGGACAGGAAGCUGAAGCCCUGGCUGCUGGAGGUGAACCACUCUCCCAGCUUCACCACGGACUCACGCCUGGACCGGGAGGUGAAGGAUGCUCUGCUCUGUGAUACCAUCAACCUGAUCAACGUGCACGCCUGCAACAGAAGGAAAGUGCUGGAGGAGGACAAGCAGCGGGUGAAGGAGCGGCUCCUCCAGGGCCACCAGGCUCUCCGUGCAGCCAGACGUGAGGAGCUGGAGAGCACCCAGGCUGCCCGGCUCUCCCAGGCAGAGCAGUAUGAGGACUCCCACCUGGGUGGUUUCCGUCGCAUUUACCCAGCACAGGGGACAGAGAGGUACGAGCCCUUCUUCCAGCAGAGCAGUUCCCUCUUCAAGGAAACAGCAUCAUCCAAGGCACGAGAGGAGUGUGCCAGGCAGCAACUGGAAGAAAUUCGCCUGAAAAAGGAAAAGUGGGAAGCUAUUACCAGGAAGAAGAAAAAAGUGAGGAAAGAUCAGCAUGGAGAGUCAGCUGGAGACAAAGGCCAGAUCCGUAAUAGAGCCACAGCUCCUCCAACCCGCCUCGCCUACAGAGGCACCAGGAUAUGGGAGAGGACACAACGCCCGCAGUACAACUCCAUGCAACCUCAGGAUAUCCUGGAAAAUGAGGAGAAGAGAAGAGUAAAUGCUCUUGUGCAGCGUGAGAACCUUAUCCGAGGGCUGGGCAUCAUUGACCAGCUCUGCCGGCUGCUCCCCACAGCCCACAAGCAAGCACCCCCCCAGGGAUCCGGCAUCUCCAGGAUCCAGCCGCCGUUCCUCUGGGGUGCGCUCGGGAGCCAGGACAGCCACAGACUCAUGAUGCUCGUCCCGCUCUCGCUCCUGGGGGGUCCAGCCCGGCCUUUGGGACAGCAGCUCCUGCACAACCCCCGAGCUGAGGCCCCACGCCUGGGCAGAGAUCCAGCAGCCAUGGGAACCCUCUCCAUUCGAGGCCUGAGCAUCCCUCCCCGUGGGCAGCACAAGGUGCAGCAGCGGCUGGGGGGCCAGAACACGGGGUGGCUGCCUGGUCCAGCAGUGGUUCCCCAGCCCUGCACCAAACCCCAGGGCAUGCUGGCCAGAGGUCAUCAGCUCCCCAGCACCAGAGUCCAGGCUGAAAGCUCGGUCACCCGGGGUCCCCAGCCAGCACCACGGGGACAGCCACAGGCAAUGGCAUCUUCAGUAGUGCCGCAGGACAGGAGCUGCCCUUAACCCCGCACCACGCUGCUGGGAGCAG